CCAAAAACUUAUCCGCUGCUAUUGCCAUUGCCACUCACGCCCAUCAUCCAUCCGCAACCUUUGUUGACGUCCGCAGCCCCGGUCAUCGCCUAAAACCCAAACCUCCAUCAGUGCAGUAUCCCUGUUGCCGUCCACAACCAUCACCAACACCCCUGUUGCGCCAACACCAGCACCAACACCCCAUCAGCUCCAGUACCCGCAUCCCAUCCAUUAUCACCACCAAACCCUCGUCACAAUUUCUUGCCAUUUUCUGUUGCUCCUGUUCCUGUUGCAACCCACCUCCUACAACCCUUCACCGUUGCCAUCCCCCAGAUCUUGCAGCCCAAUGCCAUCAAAAAUCUCCAUCGGUCCCCAUCCCCAAUUAUAAAACCCAUUGCUAGUGCCUGCCCUCGGCCCCCAAAUUCCCUACUGCAUCUCCAUCAUCCUCAUCCCCUGUCACGCACACCUGCCACACCAUCAUCAAUAUAACUGCCUCACUCCUGUCUCGUCUCUACUGUCACCAUUGUCAUCCUCAUUCUCAGAUCCGGCAACCCCCACCGCCAUACCCAAACAUCCUGAGUGGCGGGUUGCUAUGGGUGAAGAAUUUAUUGCACUAAAAAAACAGGGAUCUUAGUCGUUAGUUCCAUUAUCUGCAGCAAAGAAUAUAGUAGGCUGCAAAUGAGUUUAUCAUAUCAAAACCCAUUCGAUGGGUCACUUGAACGCUAUAAGGCCCUUGAAGAAGUUGAAAAGAAUUUCCUUGCAAUGAGACUCAUGCUUUCUGGAGAUGGGGAAGCUGAACCAAAUGAAGAUCAGGUUUCGCAAUUUACUCUUGAAAUCUGCAAAGAGGAUGUUCUUAGCCUUUUUGUUCACAUGUUACCAAUAUUUGGGUGGGAAGCAAGAAAAGAUUUAGUGCAUUCCUGGGGCAUUUUGUUGAGGCAAGAGGUUGGCUCUAGUUAUUGUUGCGUGGAUUAUAUUGAGAAUCACAUGGAGCUACUAGAUUUCCUUGUUGUGUGCUAUGAUAACAAAGACAUUGCCUUGAAUUGUGGAAAUAUGUUAAGGGAAUGCAUCAAAUACCCAACUCUUGCAGAAUAUAUAUUAAAAUCAAGAAGCUUUGAGUUAUUUUUCAAAUAUGUGGAGCUCCCAAACUUUGAUGUUGCUUCAGAUGCUUUUUCUACAUUUAAGGAUUUGCUUACUAAACAUGAGCUUGCUGUUGCUGAAUUCCUAAGUGCCAAUUACGAACAGUUUUUCGAGCUUUAUGAAACGCUCUUGACAUCUACGAACUAUGUAACAAGAAGACAGUCUUUGAAGCUUCUUUCGGAAUUCCUUUUGGAGUCCCCAAAUUCCCAGACAAUGAAGCGCUACAUCUCAGAAGUCCGAUAUUUCAAAGUCAUGAUGACAUUACUACAGGAUUCCAGGAAAAACAUCCAGAUAUCUGCCUUCCACAUUUUCAAGGUUUUUGUUGCUAAUCCUAGUAAGCCACCAGAAAUUAUUUUGAUCCUUACAAACAACCAUGAGAAAUUGCAGACACUGCUAGAAAACCUUCAUGUCGGAAAAGGUUCCGAGGAUGACCAGUUUGAAGAGGAAAAAGAUCUAAUUAUCAAGGAAAUCAGAAGAAUCUCACACAUGUCACGCGCUGCCCGUUAGCUGUCUUUUAUCUAUUUAUAAUGUAUAGUUUAUCUUAUCUCCUCAGCAUUAAAUCCUAAUUUCACAUUGAUUUCCAUUUAUGAGCUUGUGUGUGCGGCUAAAUGCAAAAGCCGCACAAGGUGAGGAUUUCUAUUCGGUGUUAAAACUAUCUACUUAUGCCUCAUGGAAUGCUGAUUUAACUUGAGAUUUUACCUACACUAAUGCUGAUUAUUAUUA